UUUAGUCAAAACAACGUCAACAGCGCCGCCUGCAGCUCACCGAUCCCCUUUACAGUUUCUCAUAUUACUCCAUCUCAGUCAAGAAACAACAUAAACAUGUCGGAAGGUGACUGGCGGAACCGCUAAAUAGAGCGCCGCGGCCACCCGAAGUCACCUCGACACGUCUUCGAAAUUUGAUCCACUUUUGCUUGUAUGGUUCCCGUCGUGUCGACGGCUGACAACCCAGGAAGAUGCCGCAGAAAACGCUGGGAUCCAUUGUAGGGCUCCUGUGUACCGGGGUUUGUCUGGUGCAGGGCAAGGAAUUCUGUUUUGGGGUGAACAAUGAGCAAUAUCGCUGUGAGAUGGGAUACUGCUGCGGAGAGACCGAAUGCUGCACUUACUACUACGAGCUCUGGUGGUUCUGGUUAGUUUGGACCCUGAUCAUCAUGUUGAGCUGCUGCUGCGCCUAUAGACACCGUAGGGUGAAAAUGCGGCUGCAGCAGGAGCAACGGCAGCGCGAGAUCAGCCUAAUGGCCUACCAGGGUGCCUCCAGCUCCUUCAUUUCACCUCCACCACUCAACCUCAGAUUCUGGAAUGACUGCAAGCUUCCCGACUAUGAGGAGGUGGUGGGUCAUCCUCCCACCCCGCCGCCUCCUUACUCUGAAAACCCUAUUGAGGCUGCUUCAGCUCUCCCUGCUCAAGUUAGUCAGCCUGCAGGCGCUAUCGCGGCGGCGCCAGAGCCCUCGCAAGUUGCCCAGCCAGGGCCGGCCACCGAUGCCUUACCAUCCGACGAGGAUGCCACCACCUCUCCGCCGACCUCGACUCGGGAGAACGCCGGGGAUCGGCUGGAGGAGGAGGAGGACGACGAGCUCAUCACUCGGCGCCGGCACGUGACCGGCGACUCAGGGAUCGAGGUGUGCGUCUGCCAGCUGGACGACGGCUCGGGGCUGGAGGAGGAGUGUGACGAGGAGCGGCGCAUGUGCGCGGCCGCCGGCGGGGAAUGCUGCUCCCGCCGCCAGCAGCACGCCUUCAGACACAAGGAGCACACCUGCGACAUGCCCAGCCAAACCAGCAGCGCCGGCGACAGCAUGGUGUGAGCCGGCGGGUUUUCGAUCAGCCCGGCCAACCAGGUGCGACACACGACUUUAGCAUUGUCACCGCGUCUGCGUUUUAAUCCUCCCGGCUAACAGACAUCACUCUCAGGUGAUAAUGAUCAUUAACUUCUUGACAUGACACACCGAUUUGUCCCUUUUGGUUCUCAGUUUCUUUAGUUUUUGCAUUGAGUGAAUUGAUUUGGAUUGACUAGGCCAUGGGUUCUCAAACUUUAGGGGCCCCGUUUUUUUUCCCUGUUGAACGCCGGAUGAACAUGACUACCAUCUCUAAAGAUUUUUUUGGGGGGGAUUGACCAUUUCAAACCGAAAUAUUUGUGACAUAUAUGAUGGAAUAGGCGGCCCGGUAGUCCAGUGGUUAGCACGUCGGCUUCACAGUGAAGAGGUACCGGGUUCGAGCUCCGGCCACCCUGUGUGGAGUUUGCAUGUUCUCCCCGGGCCUGCUAGGGUUUUCUCCGGGUGCUCCGGUUUCCUCCCACAUUCCAAAAACAUGCAUGGCAGGCUGAUUGGACGCUCUAAAUUGUCCCUAGGUGUGAGUGUGGGCGUCGAUGGUUGUUCGUCUCUGUGUGCCCUGUGAUUGGCUGGCAACUGAUUCAGGGUGUCCCCCGCCUACUGCCCGAAGACGGCUGGGAUAGGCUCCAGCACCCCCCGCGACCCUCGUGAGGAUGAAGCGGUUCGGAAAAUGGAUGGAUAUAUGAUGGCAAGAAACGUAUCCGAAUUGACUAAUUCCAUUCAAGUUAUUUCAAUAUUUAGCCAUCUCCGCUAGCUGAAGUGGAGCCCAAAGCUAAGCAAGGGAGGAGUAAUUGGGUUAUGUUAGAAACAUAAUAAAUUACUCCAAAUUAGUUUGUGGACCCGCAAGCUACAGCCUGCGGACCCCGGUUUGGGAACCCAGGGACUAGAGGACCACCACCACUUUUGGCUCGUUGGGAGCCUUUCCGCCGGCUCCUUCAGUUUGACACUGAACCGUCCGCUCGAGAUCUUAACCGUCGAGACGCAUACCAGCAGGGUCAACCACAUUUCCCUGCGGUCUCCACUUUGCUGAGCACAUGAAUGGAAAAGAAAAUGUGACUGGCUGACCGAAUGAACGUGUUACACGGAAUGCAGGGGCUCGGCUCAGGCAGGAAGAUGGCACGGUCCUUCAAAUGUUUCUUCUUUGUUGCGGUUCUUUAAUUUCCAUCAUUCAAGUCAAGGGGAGGCCGGUGUUUAGUGUAGUUUGGAAGAUGGUUUGGAGGCUCGUGUACAUGUUUUGAUUUCAAGCCCCUGUCCCACUGAGCGGCGAUCAAUUGUCAUGUUUUGAAGGCAACAAAUCUCGCAUUCACUUCGGAGUAAAUCAGUGUUCGUUCAAGGUCGCAAAACAUUCGCCAGACAUUCACCAACAGUUUUUUUCGUGGUUUAGCUUUUUUCAGUGGGAUAGGGGCUUUCGCUUUUUUUUCUUUGUUUUUUUGGAUUGGCUGCAAAAUUUUGGCCUCUGAUAGUUGUGAAAAUGUUCCCUGUGCCGUCGCAACGUUCUGGUCGCGGCUUCGAGCUUCUCUGUAGCCCCAGCUCUUGGCACCCGGGAUUCAUUUGUUGUGGUAUUUUCCACUGGCAACAAAGAAAGGGAGAGCGGUGAUGGGGGGGAGCAGUUUGAAGUGGAUGCUGGCAAACUCCAAUUGUAAUUAACUGCAUGCUUCUCUCGCUGUCGCGUCUCCACAAUGUAUGUAGAAAAGGACAGUGGUCAAACGGGGAGGAAAUCAAAAAUUUGCAUUGCGGAUUUAACAUGUGUUGAAGGCUAGCAGUGGUAAACGACACCAUGUUGGAAGAACCAAUGAGGAAAUUGUACUUUGAUUGAAGGAUAUACAGUACAUCCGAACUAAGCAAAAAAACAAACACAAAAUAAAAUAAUUGAAACCCCCCGAGUAAUGAAAAAAAUGAUCCCAAAACAAAUUAACAAUUUCAAACUCAUUUUACGUUGGCCUCAAUAUGCUGUGACUAAAAUAUGCCAAUAUGGUAUGAAAGUCCAAAUUGCAUCAAUAAUGAGUCUACAAAAUGCCUCAUGGUCAAAAAUGCAAACAAUUUAAUAAGAGACACCCUCCCCCGCCAAAAAAAAAUCCUUACCUUUACAUUGACCAUUUGUAAACCGAUUUGGUCUGUGUUGGCAUCUUAAAAAAAAGGAACCCCCCCCCCCCCACCCCCUAAAAUUACAGCCCAUUAAGAUUUGAAUAACAUCUUACGUGAUCUCAACAUGGGGCUCUUGCUCCUGUUUUAUGAAGAAAAAAAAAAGAGUAUUCCCGUGUACCUUAGCAUCUGUCGUAGCCGUGCUUCAAUGUUAACAUUUCCACAAGUCAUCUAUUUUUAAUUCUACGAUUGGAAUGAGAAGUGCACGUUUAUUUUCAGCCGCGAUUAAACGCCGACACGGACACUGGCGGGAUGCAACGCCAGCUUCUCCUCGCGGUGUUCCAGUUUUCACUCGACUGGCAGCACUCGUGUUUCUUUUGCCUUUUCCCAUAAAAUAAAAAUAAGAAAACCGUUAUUCAUCUCACAAUGGAGAAAAAUAACGUUUCUUGCGAAAUUGAGACUAUUUGCCUUUCGUUUAAAAAAAUUUUUUUUUUGUUCUCUGUAUGGCUCAAAUACUCUAAUGCUACUUUAUAUACGUUACAUAGAGAGAAAAAAAGGCUGAGAAUCAAUUAAAGGACGUGCAUUUGUGUGUGUGUGUGCACGCGCGCUGAAUUUAAGAUGGAGGUCCAAAAGUUGCUCUCAUGGCCUUCCUUGCAUUUGAUGUUUACUGAGAUUUAAGGGCUAUCUAGAAUCGGUCACCCACUUUUAAUGUCUGUUCUGCUCCUUUUGGGAGGCCGCUGGCGUUUUUCAAUUGAACACGAUGUGAUUGUAUGACAAUGAGUGUAUUUUGAUUUUCACGGGCUUCAACGUUUGCAUUGCUCAACAUUUGAAAUUUGAACAUUUUUCCUUCCCGCCCAUUCAAGCCAAAGCGUCAUGUUUUCAUUUCAUCCUCAUAUCUGGAAUGGUAGGUUUGUUUUUUUUUUUUUGUUUCCAUCUGCGGUGUCGUGUAUACACCACUUAACCAGGCUAUGCAAAAAAUGGGGGAAAAAAACAAAAACAAAAAAACUGAACUGUUCUAUGCUGCCCCCACUUCCUGUCACGUGGGCACCAGUACUAGCAAUAUAACUCUCAGUACUGUGGCACAGCACCGUACUGUAAUCUUUUUUUUCUGUAUGUGUGUCUCUGGUCUAAUUUGUUAAUGAAAAAUGUAAGUGUAAUGCUACAGCAACAAUGUAUGUAAACGGAGGCGUUAAAAAAAAGGCAAUGUUUGUUUGUGUACAUAUACUUUUAUUCCCCUCCUUUUGGAGAAAGUAACGGCUUACCUUCCUUCUCAACCACUAACGUUUCUGAGAAAGUUGCUAGGAAGAAGAAAAAAAGUGUGCUUGUGAUUGGAGCGAUUCUUAUUUUUUGUGGGUUUGUCACUGUUCCGUCCAUCCCUAUUGGUGCAUAUUGUGUUCAAAUAGCGGCUUUCUUUUUUUCAUAUUUAAACAUUCACAAAAAUAUUAAACUGCUGCUUUUCAUUCUUAUGGACAUACAUUUUUGUGUAUUGCAUAAUGGAAGACCUCAGUGUGGAAGAUGGAAGUGGACUUGGAGGCGCUGUGGAUGGAUUGGUUUUGUUUCUCUUUCCAAAAAAUGUUACUUGUUUUUUCGCCAAACCGUAAAAAGAGAGGAGGAAGCACUGACUGAUGGCUAAUAUUGCUAUAUCCAUAUAUUUUAUUUAAAUUUUUUGGAGGGAGGGCUGGUUAAGUAAUACGUCUGCUGUGUGAUGUUUUGGUCAUCAUUUGUAUUUUAUUUUUUUAAUAAAAUUAAACGUCUACAUAUGA